AUGACCACAAUGGAUUCGCAAAGACCAAAUGAUGUGUCGCCCGAGGCGAUGCAGGCGAGGAUCCAGCAGGCGCGUCGCGAGGCUGAGACACUAAAGGACCGAAUCAAGAGGAAGAAGGAUGAGCUCGCCGAUACCACAUUGCGCGCUGUUGCGCAGCAAGCUCACGACCCGAUCCCGAAGAACCAGCUGAUGAAGACCAAGAGGACGCUGAAGGGCCAUCUGGCCAAGAUCUACGCCAUGCAUUGGUCUACUGACCGAAGGCAUCUCGUUUCCGCCUCGCAAGACGGCAAGCUCAUCAUCUGGGAUGCUUACACCACCAACAAAGUCCACGCAAUUCCUCUUAGGUCGUCCUGGGUCAUGACUUGCGCCUACGCACCAAGCGGAAACUACGUUGCGUGCGGUGGUUUGGACAAUAUUUGCUCCAUUUACAACCUGAAUCAGAAUCGGGAUGGCCCGACUCGGGUGGCUCGUGAGUUGUCUGGCCACGCCGGCUAUCUCUCCUGUUGUCGUUUUAUCAAUGACCGGAGUAUCUUGACCUCCUCCGGAGACAUGACAUGCAUGAAGUGGGAUAUUGAGACUGGCACCAAAGUGAUCGAAUUCGCCGACCACCUUGGUGAUGUCAUGAGUAUCAGCCUGAACCCAACAAACCAGAACACCUUCAUUUCUGGUGCCUGCGAUGCCUUCGCCAAGUUGUGGGAUAUCCGAGCGGGUAAGGCGGUCCAGACUUUUGCAGGCCACGAGUCCGAUAUCAACGCCAUCCAAUUCUUCCCUGACGGUCAUUCUUUCGUAACCGGCUCCGAUGACGCUACUUGCCGAUUGUUCGAUAUUCGUGCUGACCGUGAACUCAACGUCUACGGCUCGGAAUCAAUCCUCUGCGGUAUCACCUCAGUCGCUACCUCGGUGUCUGGCCGCCUGCUAUUUGCUGGUUAUGACGAUUUCGAGUGCAAGGUUUGGGACGUGACUCGAGGUGAGAAGGUUGGUUCACUUGUCGGCCACGAGAACCGCGUCAGCUGCUUGGGCGUGAGCAACGACGGCAUAAGUCUGUGCACUGGUUCUUGGGAUUCACUGCUCAAAAUCUGGGCAUAUUAA